UCGCGGUUCCCCCUUCUUAGGACGUCGCGCCCCGGGGUAUCACAGGCUGAAAACCGCGGCACGACAUAUUUCCAUACAGAAAUCAUUUCAGUGAACUCAACUGUGAUAGCAAUGGGUACACAGCAAUAUUUUUCUAAGAUCUUUUUUUGCUCACAUUCAAUCUCAAAACGCGUACGCCGUGUGUGUGUGUUGGCACAAGUUGGCUGUAUCAGAAGUUUUGCGCACUCAUAGCUAUGAAGUGCAGGUGAGGGUAACCUUGCCGCAUGGCAGCCUUGCCUGCCGUAUUCGCCAAAAGAUGGGAAUGUGUUGCAUCUAAUUUAAAGGACUGGGUCACAUACGCAGCUCGUAGGUGUCUAUCGGUUUGUCAAAUUAACACUCACGGUAUGUCGUCUACAUAGUUUAAUGGUCGGUUGCUAAUUCCGCGAUAUUUUAUCUACAAAUUAUUCAGCUAUCGGUCUGAUGUCUGGAGUCCAUCGCAGGGGCAUUCUGGAGAGGUCUGCUGUCUGCUGGCGGAGCACAUGUCCAAUCCAUCGCCAAUGCCUUCGUUGAACCUGCGUGGUGAUGGACUCGGUUUCAGCUCUUCGGUGGAUUCUUCGUUGGUGAUAAAAAAAUCUUGUCUCAUUCCCCACCCUCUUCUCUUUCGUCUUCAUAAAAGUGUGAAAGCAAAGAACAUGUUGAAGUCAGUCACUCCUCGUCAUGUGAAUGCUGUCAGUAAUCUUCCCUGUCUACACCUGACAUCAUUGUCAUGUCUACAGUCAGAGAAGAGGACUUCAGAUGUUGUGGCGAGAUCAGAAGUCAGAAGAAGGAUGUCAGCAGGGACCAGGACACCUUACUUUCAACACUUCUGGAAGCCAGGGUCUUGCUACUAUAGCGAGAGUCUUGGAAGAAUGACAAAAAGCGCGACUGACAUCUGUGAGGAUUUUGUUUUAUCGCACAUAGAUUCUGUGCCCGUGCCUUCACCAAAAGGCGUGUUCACCAUUGGAGACUAUGGAACGUGCGACGGGUCAGUGUCUCUACGACUCAUGCACAGGAUCAUCGGCCAUUUGAGAAACAAACAUGGACCUGACCUUAAGAUUCAGGUGUUGUACGAAGAUCUACCGACCAACGACUACAACAGCCUCUUCAAAACAAUUUAUGGUAGCACAUCAUACAUACACAAGUUCGACAACGUGUUCCCGCUGGCCUGUGGCACUAGUUUCUACAAGCAAUGUGUACCUGACAACACAUGUGACAUCAUCAUGUCAUCAUUUGCCACGCACUGGCUUAGUGACAGGAGUCACACGAUGUCUUCGACGAUGUCUCCCUGGAUGUCAACAUCAGAAGAAGAGAUGAAAGCUCAUCACGAGGCUUCAGCACGUGACUGGCAGACGUUCCUCCUUCUGAGAGCGACUGAGCUCAAACAAGGUGGACUUCUAUUCGUUGCGCAACCUUCCCAAAAUACAAAGAGCAGCCCUGCACAGCCUGGAGAAAUAACAGAAUGUGCAAGAGACACUUGGAUCCAUCUCAAUUUAACGUGGAAGGAAUUAUAUGCAGGGGACAUAAUAACAAGAGAAGAGUUCCAGUCGUGUAAUGUCCCGGCGACAUUUCGGUCGUUACAGGAGCUAAAAGCUCCUUUCGAGAAUGCCGCCACCAUGUCUCCAGUCCGACAGGCUGGUCUCAAACUUGUUUAA